ACAGGAGUGAGAGAGUCAGAUUAAGGAUGGUCCAUUUAAUGGAUGGUGCUGGCAGUUGGGUCCUGCUUGGAUAUCUGCUCCUGCCUUUCUCUGUUGUGGGCUCCCAAGACAAUGCGAAGGUGAUCCACAUCAACAAAGUCCACCACCAGCCCCUCCGGGUUGGCCUGGCGGAGCCCAUCGCCCUGCCCUGCCUCUUCCUCCUGCAGCUGCCCACCUCCCUGGGGCCCAACGCACCGCCUGACCCCCCUCGGAUCAAGUGGAGCAAGGUCCAGUCAGCCUCGGGGCAGCCGGAGGAUGUCCCCAUCCUGGUGGCCAAGGACGACGUGGUGAAGGUUUCCAAAGGCUAUGAGGGGAGGGUCUCUCUGCCCGGCUACCCCUCCCGGCGCCACAAUGCCACCCUGCUGCUCUCAGCCGCCCGAGCCAGCGACGCCGGGCUCUACCGUUGUGAGGUGGUAGCAGGGAUCCACGACGAGCAGGACCUGGUGCCCCUGGAAGUCACAGGUGUGGUUUUCCACUACCGAGCUGCCAGCAACCGCUAUGCGCUGACCUUCCCAGAGGCCCAGAAGGCAUGCGAGGAGAACUCGGCGGUCAUCGCCUCCCCUGACCACCUCCAAGUGGCCUUCGAGGAUGGCUAUGACAACUGCGAUGCAGGGUGGCUCUCUGACCGCACCGUCAGGUACCCCAUCACCCUCUCGAGGCCCGGCUGCUACGGGGAUCGCAACACUCUCCCGGGAGUCCGGAGCUAUGGGGAGCGGGAUGCUGCGGAGGCCUAUGAUGUCUACUGCUAUUCGAAAGAGCUUCGGGGAAAGGUGUUCUAUGCCUCCAGCCCCGGACGGCUGACAUUUCAGACGGCUCAAAAGCACUGCCUGAGUCGAGGCGCCCGGCUGGCCACCGCAGGGCAGCUCUACCUCGCUUGGAGGGAGGGGCUUGACCAGUGCGACCCGGGAUGGCUGGCUGAUGGAAGCGUCCGCUACCCUAUCCAGAUCCCGCGGAAGAAGUGUGGAGGGGACGAACCUGGCGUCCGGACGGUCUACCAGUUCCCAAACCGGACGGGCUUCCCAGAACCAGCUUCCAAGUUCGAUGCUUACUGCUACAAAGCUUGGCAGCCGCCCACUAAACCAGACCCAGCUGCACUGGGGGUCGACCACGGCCAGGUGGCUCGGGAGCCCAUGGAUCAGGACUCUGAGGGGAGCCAGGAUCCAGGCAUCGAGAACGUCUUGGUGGAGCACGACUCCCACCUGCCGCUGCUGAACGAGCUUUUCCCCAAGGAGAACGACGAUGCCGUCAUGUCGGGAGACUCGAAAGAGCUCUCGAAGGAUCCCUACGGCCCCUCGCAGAAGGCCGCCAUCCCGUUCCUGGAGGAGGACGAGCAGCUCCAGCUGGUGACGGCUUUCCCGGCUGGGUCUGUGGAUCCGUGGGAGGAGAGGGCGGCACCAGCACCAAAGGCAACACCCUUGGAUUUGGAGGGUCGCGCAUCUACAAGACCAUUCACCGUCUCCAUCCCGGGUGGGGCGAAUGGUGGACACCUGUUGGAUACAGCUGACCAAACUCCGGUUGGUGAGAUGAAGGAGCAUGGCAAUGGCGAGAUGAGCGUUGGCAAAGAGUCGGCCGAUGCCGGUCCAACCAUCACCAAGUCCCCUCCUCCGGAAGAAUCUGAUGAUGGCUUACCGGCUGAGGAGGUUGCCCGUCCAACCUCUCCAACUUGGCUGCAUGGAACCGCAGAAGGGAGCACCUCACUCAGCCCCCAGCCCCCGUUCCGGACCCACAUCCCCAAGGGGCGUCCGACCUCAGCCCUCCCCCCGGUGCCUCACGGAGGCCGCCUCUUUGGCACUGAGGCUCCUCCGGCUCCUGCUGGCCUCCCCGAAUCUACCCGAAAGAGCAUUUACUCUGGGCUGAACGGGCGCUACUUCCAGAGACGGCGAGAGGAAGGAGGAGACGGUGGCGGCAGCCAGCCGAGCAUCGACAGGGGAGGCAGCACCGCAGUGCCCACGACUCUCUCUGUCCUGGCACUGGCAGUGCGCACGAUGGCAGACAACUCCAUCGAGGCGACCGCGAGGGAGGCACCGAGCCCUGCCUCUGUUCUACGGGGCGAGGUAGUCUACGCCUUCUCCAACGAAGUGGAAGGGAACGGGUUAGCACCGCCUGAGCAUCGAGGCCACCCAGAAAUGACCUUCUCCCCUGCUUCAGACUUCCUGGAGGACCCCAGUGCUGAAAAAACCACCCAGGGACACGAGGAAGCCUCUGUGCCAGGGAGCCAGGAACGGCCAACUCAUAGAGAGCACCCUGAUGCUUCCUUGCCAGCCACACCCAAUGGGCCGUUGCACCGUCUGGAGGCAGUUGCCACGACAACAGACAAUGCUGUGGAAGGCUCUCUCAUGGGUACCAGCAUCCGGGGAGACUACCCUCAAGGGAUCACUCAGCCUGGGGAGAACGAGGAGGUCUUCUCUGGAAGCGGCAAUGUCACGCCAACAACUCCGCUGAAGAAUGAGUCCCAGGCGGAUGAGGCGAGCGGAGAGUCUGAUUAUGACUUCCGAGAAAGCCAUGCCAAGGCCGUGAGUUUUGCGGAGGAGCUCCCUGGCUUGGGGGAAGCUUGGCAACACUUGCCCGGGGUCGUUCCAGAACGAUCAGAGAAACAGGAAGGCACAGCAGGAGAAGACCCCACCCUGCAAGAAACCACCCAGCAUUCGGAGGUGGCACUGGCUGAGCUGAGAGGAGAAGAAGCCGUAACCCUCUCGGCAGAGGACAUCCCCUCCCCGAUGGCCGCCAGUGACUACCCGCUAGCGGCACGGCUGAUUUCCGGGGAGGCCGAUGCUUGGGUGGCGGUGGGUGGCGAGGAAGCCACCACAAUGGAAGUCAAAGGGAGAGCGAGCUCAGGGCUGGUGGACGGACCUGCCGUCACCGAGGUCCUGAAUCCAUCCGAAGCAGAAGACCGCUGGGAGGUCAUAACUCCGAGCAUGAGUGGUCACUUUGAUGAUGGUGUGGCAGGCCGAUCCACCAGAGAGGAGACCACAGUCCCAGAAGCCGUCAGCUUGGCAGGGAGUAGCUCUGGCCCCCAGCAAGGCAAAGGCACCACUGGAACUCCCAGCCACAGUACAACCCGUGAUUUGAUCCCUCCUGGGUUCCUUCCGAAAGGAUCAGAAGAUGGCGAGGACUUGACAUCUCGGGGGACGCCUGAGUCUCCCUCGCCUCCCUGGAGCACAUCAGAACCUGCGCGCCACAAUUUCAACACCUCUGAGCUGCCCAUUUAUCCCAGCGAUGGUGUGAUAACUGGGAAAGAGAGCGAGAGCUUCCUCCCCACUGCCCCGGGGCAGAUCCUUCCAAUGGAGUCCGACGGGGGGAGUGGAGAGGAGAAAGGAGGCGACGUGUCCGCAGCCAAGGAGGUGGAGGGCCUGGUGUGGAUCGGGGAGGCCAAUGCCACCGCGCUCGCUGAAACUGACCCCUGCGACAACGACCCCUGUUUACAUGGGGGCACCUGCCAGUCCAGCGGAAACCUCUCCACCUGCAGCUGCCCCCGGGGCUUCACGGGAGAGAACUGCGAAAUAGAUAUUGACGACUGCCUGUCCAGCCCCUGCCAGAACGGAGGGACCUGCAUUGAUGAGAUCAAUUCCUUCGUCUGCCUUUGCCUGCCCAGCUACGGAGGCAGCCUCUGCGACCGAGACACGGAGGGCUGUGACCACAACUGGAACAAGUUCCAGGGCCACUGCUACCGCUACUUCGCCCACCGACGCUCCUGGGAGGACGCAGAGAGGGAUUGCCGCCACCGGUCGGGUCACCUGACCAGCAUCCAUUCAUGGGAGGAGCACAACUUCAUCAAUAGCUUUGGACAGGAGAACACAUGGAUUGGCUUGAAUGACCGCAUUGUGGAGCAGGAUUUCCAGUGGACGGACAACACCGGACUGCAAUACGAGAACUGGCGCCAGAACCAGCCGGACAACUUUUUCGCUGGCGGUGAGGACUGCGUGGUGCUGGUGUCCCACGAGACCGGGAAGUGGAAUGACGUCCCUUGCAAUUACAACCUGCCCUACGUCUGCAAAAAGGAUACAGUGCUGUGUGGUCCUCCCCCCACGGUGGAGAACGCAUUCCCCAUCGGCAAGAAGAGAGAGAAGUACAGCGUGCACGCGACCGUCCGCUACCAGUGCGAGGAAGGCUUCCUGCAGAGGCAUGUGCCCACCAUCAAAUGCCACGUCAACGGCACGUGGGACAGGCCCAGAAUCAUUUGCACAAAACACGGUCCCAUCGAAUCCGCCGCCACCAUCGCCGCCACCACAAACACCACCAGCACAAAUCCCGCAAGGACCGCAGGAAACACUCGAAGCAGCACCCAAAGCUGGACUGGACGGAGGAAGACGGGAACUACUUUUAAUGACGGGCCUGGGAAAGAAAGCACAAGCUCCCAAUUCCGCUCCCCCCCCCCUUGA